CAAUUAUGUGCCAGAAGAUUUUCGUUAUGACCACUUAAAACACAAGUCCACGGCUAGAAUUUGUUGCACACCCAGUUAAGCCGUAGACGUCGACGGAUCAACUGUCAAGCGGGUGGUCUUAACAUUUGAAUAUCUUAAUUAUUACAAUCUCAUAAUGGAGGACCUUCCAAAGGACCAAGUUGCACUUCUAAAGAAAGCAUUCGACGCCUUCGAUCAUGAAAAGAAGGGGUGCAUAGGCACCGACAUGGUUGGCACAAUUCUGACGAUGCUGGGCUACGAAUUGAGUGAAAAAACUCUCCAAGAAAUCAUUAAGGAGGUAGACGAGGAUGGCUCCGGCGAGCUGGAAUUCGAAGAAUUUUGCACCUUAGCUGCGAGAUUCUUAGUGGAAGAGGAUUCGGAGGCGAUGCAACAAGAGUUACGUGAGGCAUUCCGUUUAUACGACAAGGAGGGUAAUGGUUACAUUACUACCGCAGUGUUCCGUGACAUUCUUCAUGAACUGGACGACAAGUUGACGAACGAGGAAUUAGAUUUGAUGAUCGAGGAAAUUGAUGCUGAUGGUUCAGGAACUCUCGACUUUGACGAGUUUAUGGAAGUCAUGACUGGUGGCGACGACUAGGAAGUGGUCGUUUAGAUUCUUCGAAGGCUACGGUUAAGCACGUAAUUGGCAGCGAUCACGGGAAUGCUGACGUCUUCACCUUUUCUCAAACUUGGCAAUAGUUAACACGAUGAAGAACGCGCGGAAAGAAAAGCAAAGAGCAAAAUAAUGCUAUCGUACUCGUCCAAAAUUCCAAAAUGCUGCCGCAAUUUUCUCCUUCGUCUCAAAUCGUUCCUUCAAGAUUUUAUCAUGAAUGCGAAUUUACGAGCUACCUCGAAGACUGUUCUAUACGUAUAAUAAAUAAUCAAAUAGAAAAAGCGCAAAAUAUAAGUUUGAAUAAUUUAAAUAGAGAAACAAUUAGAAUCGCGUUAUCUUCAAUAUCUGCUGGUCACAUUCCUGUUCUCAUUUUACAUUCGACGUAUACAAGAACACAGAAAUGUUAAAUAAAAUGUCUUAUGGAUAUGAA